AUGGAUGUGUAUAAUAGACAAGUUAAUAAUUGGCAUUCAAUUCCUGUAGAUCCACAGGAUUUCAAUUUGUUUUCGACUUUAAAUAGUGGUCAAGCUUUCCGCUGGAUUUUUAAUUCAACUCUGAAUGAAUGGCAUGGAGUAAUAAAUGGUCACUUAUGGAGAUUACGUCAAAUGGAGGAUUCUAACCCAGUUGAAUAUUAUUUUGAGAAGAAUUUGGGCAUAAAAUUAAACGAUGUUCCUUUUGAUUUACGUGAUUACUUUAGACUGGAUAUGAAUUUAUCUGGUCUUGUGAAGGAAUGGUCUUUGAAGGAUGAAUGGUUUGAGAAUCGUUUCUCUAAAAAUUGUCAAAUGGAUACAGCUCGUGGUUUACGCUUAUUAAGACAAGAUCCAGAAGAAACAUUAUUCUCUUUCAUUACAUCAGCUAAUAAUAAUUUAACAAGAAUUACUAAAUUACUCUGUAAAUUGUGUAGUGAAUAUGGUAAUCCAUUGUACUUGGGAAAUGGUGAUCUAAGGCAUUGGACAUUUCCAUCACUUGAAAUACUUGCACAACCUGGAAUGCAGGAUAAUUUGAAAAAAAUUGGUUUUGGUUAUCGUUCCAAGUUUAUUACGCUUGCUGCUAACUGGCUUUUGAAAAAUGGAGGUCGAUCUCGUCUACUUGAACUUCGUUCCAUGUCCCAUUUUGAAGCUCAGGCAUUUCUGCUUCAAAUACCUGGAAUCGGGAAGAAGGUUGCAGAUUGUAUAUGUCUUAUGUCGUUAGAUAAAUUAAAUGUUGUCCCUGUCGAUGUUCAUAUGCAUCGUGUUGCACGUGAGAAGGGAAUUCCUGAAGCAUCCUGUAAAAAUAUGACUACAAAAUCAUAUGAUAUUAUCUCAAAGUCUCUUAGUGAUUUUUGGGGAAAUUGUUCUGGAUGGGCACAAACGAUUCUUUUCUAUACUCGUAUGAUGGAAUCGAAACCUAAUAAAAAACUAAAGCAACAAAUCAGUCGUGUUGAUAUCAACAUUUAGAUUGUUAAACACAGGAGAGUGAAAUUAAAUGAAUUUUGAUUUAUUGUUCACCACCUCAGUUACUACUGAACAUUUAAAUUUGAAUAUUAUUUAAACUACUUUGUCUUGGAAACUUUAUUUAUAGAUGCUGGAUUCUAACAAAUAAAAUUAUACCUUGAAGUGAAUAAUAAUUUUUAAAUUCAUUAUCGUUUGCGUGACACACAAACUUCAAAUAGUUUACUAAUCAUUUUUUCAUCUUCAUCUGUGUGGUUUAUAUAUAAUUUACAUUUUAAUUCAUUUCGGGUAGUUAACCUAGAUUUUGAGCGGUUUAUUCAUGGUGCAUUAGGUUGGUUCUGGAUAGUGAUAUAACUUUAUUGCGAAGAUAAUAGUAAUGUUAACGAUCUUUUCAAUUUCGUUACUUGCUUAUUUCUACUUGUCCCACCGAUUUUCCAGUCUUACUGUCGAUGGAUUAUUGGUUCGUGCAUACGUUAUGCCUUGGGCUUUCAUUUCAUCUGUUCACUUAUUUGGUGGGGAGGGGAUUAUGCCAGUCUAUACAAUGUUUAGAAGUGUGAAGAAUUCAAAGUGCAAUUAUGCUAUCACGUUUUCCUAAGUAUUUGCGUUGUCUGACGGCUGCAAUGUAAUCUUGAGGCAGAAUAGCCCUCUGCCAGUACAUCAUAUUUUAACGCUUUCUAGAGUUAACCCAUCCUGAUUUUUGUGGAGUAGAGUCUUCUUACCUGGAGAUUUGUUUACAUUCAACGAAUUAUUGAGUCGAUAAGACUUAGUUCCGAUUUAUCCGUAUUAAGAAAUUUCAUAUUAAUUCUCACGUUCAAUACUAAAAAAUGUAAACCAUUUCUAUUGCCACUGUUACUGUUUUAGUUGGUUCUCAAUGGCGACUUUUGAAGGUUUCUGUUUCCAGGUUGGUGAAAGU